CGCGUUCUCGGUUCUGGUUUUGGGGCGCCGGUGAAGGAGGCGGUGGCGUGGCCGAGGUUUUAAAGUCCAAGCGGGGAGCCUGCGCUCCUACCCUAUGUUACUUCCUGGCUUGGAUCAGCCCAGUGUGAGGUCACAAGGAGAUUGAUGUCUUUAAGAUACAGACUGCUGACAUUCUCUGCUCCCAGAAUUGCAUCCUCUGACUUUCUGACUUCAUGUUAUCAAAAAAGACGAUGGAGGCUUCCUUGCUAUUCAUGUUGCUCUUGGCUUGCACAGCAGGUGCUAAGUUUCACUUUGCUUCCUAUUAUGCUGAUCACAUGGUGCUCCAGAAGGAACCAUCUCAUGCUAUCAUAUGGGGCUUUGGAGAUCCUGGUUCUAAGGUGAUGCUGACACUCUCCCAGAAUCAUAGCAUUGUGACCAAAAUGGUACAGAUUGAAGAAAACUGUGAGACUUGGAAAAUUAUGCUGGAUCCUGUGGCCCAAGGAGGCCCUUAUACUAUAGAAGUACACCAGUACAUCAAGGAAGAAGUGUCCAAUUUGUCAUUAAAAGAUAUCUACUUUGGAGAUGUUUGGAUUUGCAGUGGACAGAGUAACAUGGAGAUGACCGUUUCACAGAUAUUCAAUGCUAGCAAGGAGAUGGAAGAUGCAUCCAAGUAUCCCCUUGUGCGGAUAUUUUCCACUGCCCUUAUUCAGUCAGAAGUGGAACUUCAAGACCUUGGAGGUGUCAACUUGCAGUGGUCCAUUCCAACGGCCAGAAACCUGGGCCACGGAGACUUCAGCUACUUUUCUGCAGUAUGUUGGCUGUUUGGCCAGUAUUUGUUCGAGAAACUCAAGUACCCCAUAGGGCUGAUAGAUACCUCCUGGGGAGGGACCCCAAUUGAGGCCUGGUCCUCCAAGAAGGCCUUGAAUGAAUGUGGUCUGUUAGACUAUAUUGAAAGAAGUCCACCCUUGUACCUCGAUGCUGGUCCCCGAGAAGUAUCCGUGCUGUGGAAUGCAAUGAUUCACCCUUUCAUCAACAUGACCAUCCAAGGAGUUAUAUGGUAUCAAGGGGAAGCCAACACUCUUAUGAACACUGAUAUGUACAAUUGCACCUUCCCUGCACUCAUUGAUGAUUGGCGAAAAGCUUUUCAUGAAGGAUCCGAUGGUCAAACCAACAAGCAGUUUCCCUUUGGCUUUGUUCAGUUAUGUACAGAUCAGCAUGUGCAGAUAAGCGGCAAAUUUCCACGUAUUCGGUGGCAUCAAACUGCAGACUACGGCUAUGCCCCUAAUAAGAGAAUGUCCAAUACUUUCAUGGCUGUUACCAUAGAUCUUGGUGAUAAUGAAUCUCCUUAUGGCAGCAUCCACCCCCGAGAUAAGCGGACUGUGGCCUAUCGGUUGCAUCUUGGAGCAUUGGCAGUAGCUUAUGGGGAGAAAAGUAUAAUCUUCCAGGGUCCCUAUCCUCGGAAAGUGGAAGUGAAUGAAACCCAUAGGCUUCUUAAUAUCACCUUUGAGGAAUGUGUUCAAUUGCGUCACAUGGACAACAAGACGUUUGAGGUGUGUUGCUUGAAUCAGGGAACAUGCAGUUGGAAACCUGCCUCCAUUGUGUCGUCCUCUUCCUACUCGGUAAUCCUGCAGAACCCAACCUGUUCAGAUGGCAUAAAGGGCUUGCGCUACGCCUGGUCUGAAUGGCCUUGUGAAUACAAACAGUGUCCCAUUUACAAUCUACAGGAAUUGCCUGCCCCUCCCUUCAUUACAUUUUCCCAAAAUAACCCUGCAUGGAUUUUGCUGUGAGUAAGCUGAAAGGAGAAAGAGGAAUCAGCAGCUUAUUUUGCGGACAAAAACAAGAAGCGUGGAGCACAGCUGCAGCUUACUUUCCUUAAAGUAGUAAACUACUCAGGUUGAUGACUGCAGGAAAAAAAAACUUAAAAUGAGCAACCCAGUUACUUACUUCCCAGAAAGGUCAUAGUAGGAAGGGUGGAACAGAUGUGGGUGGUUCUUACUCUUGCUGCCUACCUGAGGUGCCAUAAUAACUGGAAUUAUUUUGUAAGUACUUUACUAGAAAUCAAACCACUUCUAAAACAGUCCCUGGUUACCUGCACACAACCAAGAGAGCCAGGAUUCUGAAUGACAAGGCAUGAUGGGUGAUCAAUAAAAGAUUCCUCUGGGAACAUUGAUUUUCCAGUGCAUAUUUAAACCUAAGUCCUUCUGAAUUUAGCAGGACUAGCUCCCAAGUACAGAUACAAGUUGGAUGGGCCAAUUGUAAGAUGCCAUACUGGUCCAGCCAUUUGCUCUUCUCUUGUCUCCAGAGGAUCUGCAGAGGAGUGUUACAAGGAAAGCAGGAAACACUCAACAUUUUCCCCCUCCCACUAUAAUAGGAGUAAGCCUAAUACAAGCCACAGCUUUGUGCUAAAAGGAAUGGCUGAGCUAUGGCAUUCCAGAUGUUGCUAGAUGUCAAUUCCUGCCAAGGUGAAUGAUGUUGGCAGAUGCAUUAAAGCGAUAUCUAGACUGUGUAUCUUAUCUGCCAUAGAGUGAACUAUUAUUGACCAGAUUAAAAUCCGGGUUUUGGGUUUCAUUGUAUUCCAAAUCCACAUUAUGUAGUACUACCACUUGCAGGAAAUAAUUCUUGCAGCAAAAAACCCCCCUUUCAAAUAGGAACUGUUACAUUAAAAGCACAAUGUCGCUUUACAAAAAUAAGAACGUAGAAGUAUAUUUCUUUUUUCAAGCAAACUCCCUGGCUUCAGCCAAAAGCCAGGAAGGUUUUCCCUAUGUUGGGUUUGGAUCAACUAGAUUUCCUCACUUAUAUAUGUAUGUUGUAUGUUUGUCUUAGAAGAGCAACCUGGCAAACAGGGUUGUGUUAACCAAAGUAGAAAAUGGGAAACAAUUGUUUUGCAGAGCUGUUCCCUGGAUCAGAGUGAAAUGGUGGCUGUUGGGUGUACUGUUUAGACCAGAGAUCUCCAACUUGGCAACUUUUAAGACUUGUGGACUUCAGCUCCCAGAAUUCUCCAGACAGACAGGCAAAUCCCUGAGGUUUCCCAGUGUAUAAGAAGAAAUAAUCAUGGAUUGAUCUGUUUUAAAUAACAAAGACUUGAGGGCAAGAGAAGAAAGAUAUUUUAUGUGCUAGAUUUAUUUCAGCUAGAGGAUUCCAGAUGGUAGAGAUUAUUUGACUUCGCUCUUGGAAAACUAACUUCUGGCAUUGGGUUGUGGAAUAUAGAUGGGUGAAUCUAUCAGUUUCAGUGUGUUGUGGAUUCUUUGUUUCAUUGAUUUAAUGAUUUCAAAUGUCCCAUUUCCAUAUUAGGUAUUUUUUUAAAGCUGGAAUCAAAAUUGGCAUUUUAUUUUUAAAUCCGUGCAAUCAUUUUUCAGUUUGAGCUAAAGUGUAUAUUUCAGUGCAAUAAUUGGUUUUUUCCUAAUAACUGCUGUUUUCACUAAUACUGGCAUUUUUGUACACUUUCCCCUUUUUAUAAAUAGAUGAGCUUUGCAAAAUUCAGAGAAGUUGAUACUUCAAAGUAGAAGUAAGUUUCAGCUUGUCUCUUGAUCUGACAAUGCAGAAUUAAGUUUAUAAUUAAAUAUGGACCAAGUGACUUCUCCAUCCAUCCUUACUGUGGAACAGCUGUCACUCCUGGAUUGAUCUUGUCCCUCAUGUAGCAGAGUAAGAUUGACCUAUGACAAGGGUGGGCUGAAUGUAGAUGGAGAUAUACUUCAGAUUACCCAUAGGAGAGGGGUCUCUGAGGUCCAUGAUUUAGACGGGUUUCCUAAAUUAGGGAGCAAGUAGGAGGUGUGUCUGAGAAUUUCAGUUGUGAUUCUGAAAAAAAAUAAUCCCUGGGUGGAAUAUUCAUUUAAAAUGUUUUGCAGUGCUGUGCCUAUAUUUUUGAGCCCUCGUAUGGCUCUUUUCUUUGUUUAACAAAUUUAAGGGUUGGAAUGAAAAAGCACAGUGUUAACAUUCCCUAUAAUUACAUGGCUGUUUGAGACAGCCAGGGCAAAUACGGCAAUUUAACUGCAAAUGAAAGGAUAUGGAGUGUUUGCAUGUAAUACCCAUUCUUUUUUUAAAAAAAUCAAGUCAUGCUUAAUUUAAUGGAUAGUUAUACCCUAGAUAAAAAUAUCCAAAAUGAAAUCUGCAGACAACAGCAAGAUAUAUGUUUGUCUAUAGAAUAAUUCUUUGAAAAUGAAUCCGUAAGCGUCUGGCAUGCAUCUCAAAUUAAUCCCCAAAUUUCUAUGCAGAACAACUUCCAAGG